AGUAAAUAUCAAUUUUCACACUAGUAAAUAUCAAUUUUCACUGUACUCACCCUUUUCUUUAUGCUGAUCCAAUCUAUUGAUAGUGGGGGAAUUGAUGGCUCAUUUGUGGAAUCAGAUAUGUGGAAGGAAACUGCCUCAAAAAAACGACCUAGAGCGGAAUCAUGCGCUCCAUCAAGUUCUAAAGCAUGCAGGGAAAAACAACGGAGGGAUAGGCUAAAUGACAAGUUUAUGGAAUUGGGUGCUCUUCUCGAGCCUGGACGACCUCCUAAAACAGACAAGGCUGCCAUCUUGGUUGAUGCAGUUUGUAUGGUAACUCACCUACGAGGUGAAGCCCAGAAGCUAAAAGACUCCAAUUUGAAUCUUCAGGAUAAGAUUAAAGAACUCAAGGCUGAGAAGAACGAUCUUCGUGAUGAGAAGCAAAGGUUAAAGGCUGAGAAGGAGAAGCUAGAGCAACAACUAAAUACCAUGAAUGUCCAACCUGGCUUUCUUCCCGCUCCUCAUGCCAUACCUGCUGCUUUUGCUGCUGCAGGCCAAGCUGGGAGCAACAAGUUGGUGCCCAUCAUCAGUUAUCCCGGAGUUUCCAUGUGGCAAUUCAUGCCACCCGCAGCUGUUGAUACUUCACAGGACCAUGUGCUUCGCCCACCAGUCGCCUAACUUGGUGACCAAAUCCUUUGAUGGUGUAGUUGGCAUUUUGGUCCAACUGUAAAAUUUAUAUUGUCAAUGCUUUUGACUGUCUUAGAUUUUGCUCAACUGUCAGACUUGGAUUUAGCAGAUGAUGGAAGGUACUUGUGGUUCCUAAAUAUCAAUUUAGUCGAUGCUCAUAUUGUUGUGAAGCGUUAAUAAGUUAAUUUUGCACGUGUGUUUUCUAA